AUGGCUCAAGUAAUCUCGAAUUCCGGUCACGAUGACAUGAUUCACGAUGCUGUCCUCGACUACUACGGACGUCGCCUGGCAACCUGCUCAUCUGACAAGACCAUCAAGAUCUUCGAGGUUGAAGGCGACUCACACCGCCUGGUAGACACACUCAAGGGACAUGACGGAGCCGUGUGGUGUGUAUCAUGGGCACACCCCAAGUACGGCACCAUCCUCGCUUCCUCCUCCUACGACGGCAAAGUGUUUGUCUGGCGCGAGCAAAACAACCAAUGGCAGCGCAUCUACGACUUCACCCUUCACACCGCCAGUGUCAACCUCAUCGCAUGGUCGCCGCCGGAGCCUGGCUGCCACCUGGCCUGCGCCUCGUCUGAUGGCUCCGUCUCUGUCAUCACUUUCAGCGACAACUCCUUCUCCCACUCCAUCUUCCCCGCGCACGCUAUGGGCGUGAACGCCGUCUCUUGGAGCCCGUCGCUUCUCCCUGCACAGCUAGCUGCUGCCCAAACACCCCAAUCUCAACCACAGCCCCUGCGCCGUUUCGUUACUGGUGGUAGCGAUAAUCUGGUCAAGCUCUGGGACUUCAACCCUCAAACCCAAUCAUACAACAACAUCUGCACUCUUACUGGACACUCAGACUGGGUGCGCGACGUCGCUUGGUCGCCAACUCCUCUUUCAAAGUCAUACAUUGCCUCGGCAUCGCAAGACAGAACUGUACGCAUCUGGACGUGCCAGGCAAACGCCGAUCCCGCCAACUCGUCGAGCUGGCAAAGCACAGAACUCAAGUUUGACGCUGUCGUCUGGCGUGUUAGCUGGAGUCUGAGCGGUAACGUUUUGGCCGUCAGCGGCGGUGACAACAGAGUCAGCCUAUGGAAAGAGAGUCUCAAGGGAGGAUGGGACUGCGUCAAGACCAUCGAGGAGUAG